AUGGACGGUGCUAUGAUUGCGCGUGUCGUCAGAUCUGCAAUCACCAGGGUUUCAACGGGCAUGGCGGACCAGGAAGAGCCGACUCCGCCUCGCGUUGCGAUGGUCGUCGAUGUCUCCGAUGCCAAUUUCAUAGGCGGAUUUAUUCCAGCGAUAGUUGAGAAGCAGAAGCACCCUUAUUCAAGGCCGGAAUUUCUUUAUUUCACGGAAGAAGAGACGGCACUCUCUGCCGAUCAAUCUGUUAGGCCGGUGAUUUGCCCGAAGCAGCCAGAUAAAAUGCCGUUAUACGCUGGCUAUGCCGAGGUCGUAAAUGCCGGAAAAACCGUGGAAAACGAAGACCAGGCCUGUGCAAAAGUGCUAAGCUUGGUGCAGCAGGGUUCAGAGGCCGAAGAAGCGGCUGAAGUUGGGAAUUCACGAAGUCAAACGACUGAGCGACGACCAUCAGACGAGGACGCAUUGAUGGGGAUUGAAUUGGAAUCUAGUACCGAUGAGAGCGCAAAUGGACAGUGCCGAGCGGAGGCUGUCCUUUUCGGCAUCUACGACGGACACGCCGGGAGUGGCGCAGCGCUGAUGGCCGCCAAAUGCUUGCACGAGCAUGUGAAGUCUCGGCUCUCGGAGGUGUUAGAAGCACUGUUGCAACUGGACAGACAGGAAAGCUACGUACUAGCUAGAAGGCGUUCCGAAUCGGCGUACAGCAUCACCGGCAGCGAGGGGAGCAAUCCGGGAUCGCUUCCGAGGAUCACUUCCGAGUCUUUGGUGAUUGGAGCAUUGGAAGCUGCCUUCGUGGAUAUGGACGAACAAAUUGCUGAAGAGAAACAGCACUGGAAAAUUCCCGGUGGCUGUGCAACGAUUUGUGUGCUAGUGAUUCUAGGAAAAAUCUACGUAGCUAAUGCGGGUGAUUGUCGAGCGAUUCUGGCGACGGCGGGCGAGACGAGACCUAUGAGCCGUGAUCAUACACCGGCGACGGAGCGGAAACGUCUUCAGGCUAUGGCUUUUCGCCAUCCAGAAUUGAUCGGGGCCAGCUUUUCUCGACUCGAAUAUUCGCGCUGCCUGGCGAAAAAGGACUUGAGACGAAAAGUCCUUUAUCGAGACUGGUUUAUGGAUGGCUGGGCUUCAAAAACGGUCCGCGAAACGGAUCUACGUCCACCAAUGAUAUCGGAUCGGCUGAGAAAGAAACGUUUGCUGCAUACUAUCGGGGUCAGUCGAGGCCUCGGUGACCAUCAUCUACUCACAGCUGACGAUAAACUGGCGAUAAAGCCAUUUUUAUCUCCGGUACCUGAGGUACAAGUGCUGGCCAUCCGCUCGCUGCUCUCCGUCACCUCACUCGAUGUGGUCAUCGUUGCGUCGGAUGGGCUUUGGGACGUGCUGACAAAUGAGGAUGCUGCUAGAAUCGUUCGCUCCGCACUGUCUUCUUCAGAGGAAGCUGACCCGUCGAGGUAUACUCAAGCUGCUCAAGAGCUUGUUGCGGCCGCUAGAGGGAAUCCUGGGGACCAUUACAGAUGGACGAUGAAUGUCGGAGGACCAGCAAGCACCGAUGACAUCACGGCCUUCGUCAUUCCGCUCAAACACGCGCUGGCCCCGCUUCAGAACGGCGACGACGAAGAUGAUGAUCUACUUUCCCUCGAUAGC